UGUGAGAGCAGCUGAGAGGAGGAGAGCGGAGGGGAAUGUCACAUAAACACUGACAGAGACAGAACUAUUCCUGUAUAUAUGUUAUUACUGGAGAACAGCAUGGUUCCUCUCGACACUCUGUGCAGGGUGCCACACAGCUAAAUGGAGUCUAAGCAGCUGUUCAACAGAGGCUACUGCAGGAACAGUUACAACAGCAUCACCAGUGCCAGCAGUGACGAGGAGCUGCUCGAUGGCGCCGGCGUCAUCAUGGACUUUCACACCACUGAAGACGACAACCUGCUCGAUGGAGAUGCUUCUCCAGGUUCAAAUUACGCCAUGUCCAACGGUGGGGGUGGAGCUGGAGGGGUGAGCAGCACCACACACCUCCUAGACCUGUUUGAGGAGCCCAUUCCAGGUGUGGGAACCUACGAUGACUUCCACACUAUCGACUGGGUUCGAGAAAAAUGUAAAGAUCGUGAGCGGCACCGCAAGAUUAACAGUAAAAAAAAGGAGUCAGCAUGGGAAUUCGUAAAGAGCCUGUACGAUGCCUGGUCUGGGUGGCUGGUGGUAACGUUAACCGGACUGGCUUCAGGUGCGUUGGCGGGUCUGAUAGACAUUGCUGCUGAUUGGAUGAACGACCUGAAGGAAGGUGUGUGCCUGAGUGCUAUGUGGUUUAAUCAUGAGCAGUGCUGCUGGGGCUCCAACGAGACAACUUUUGCUGAGAGGGACAAGUGUCCACAGUGGAAAUCAUGGGCUGAACUUAUCCUGGGCCAGGCUGAGGGUCCUGGUUCCUACAUCAUGAACUACUUCAUGUACACGUACUGGGCUCUGUUCUUUGCUUUGCUGGCAGUGUGCCUCGUCAAAGUCUUUGCCCCUUACGCCUGUGGCUCCGGGAUCCCUGAGAUUAAGACCAUACUGAGUGGCUUCAUAAUCCGGGGUUACCUGGGUAAAUGGACGCUGAUGAUAAAGACCAUCACUCUAGUGUUGGCUGUGGCCUCAGGACUCAGUUUGGGGAAGGAGGGCCCCCUGGUGCACGUGGCAUGCUGCUGUGGCAACAUCAUCUCAUACUUGUUUCCCAAGUACAGCAAGAACGAGGCCAAGAAACGAGAGGUACUGUCUGCAGCGUCAGCUGCGGGUGUGUCGGUAGCUUUUGGGGCUCCGAUUGGAGGAGUUCUGUUCAGUCUUGAGGAGGUGAGUUAUUACUUUCCACUGAAGACUCUAUGGAGGUCGUUUUUUGCUGCCCUGGUGGCCGCGUUUGUACUUCGCUCCAUUAACCCUUUCGGAAACAGCCACCUGGUGCUGUUCUAUGUGGAGUAUCACACCCCCUGGUACCUGUUCGAGCUCUUCCCUUUCAUCCUACUCGGUGUGUUUGGAGGCCUGUGGGGAGCUUUCUUCAUCCGAGCCAACAUUGCUUGGUGCCGCAGACGCAAGUCCACGCGCUUUGGUAAGUACCCAGUGCUAGAGGUAAUGGCAGUGGCAGCCAUCACAGCCCUUGUGGCCUUUCCAAACCCGUACACGCGGCAGAACACAAGCCAGCUAAUUAAGGAGCUGUUCACGGACUGUGGGCCGCUGGAAUCGUCGCAACUGUGCCAGUACCGCAGCCAAAUGAAUGGCAGUCAGGCAUACUCCGCGGGCACAGAGGCUGCUACGCCAGGCGUUUAUUCUGCUAUGUGGCAGCUCAGCCUGGCACUCAUCUUUAAGAUCAUCAUGACUAUCUUCACCUUCGGGUUAAAGGUGCCAUCGGGUCUGUUCAUCCCCAGCAUGGCGAUCGGGGCGAUAGCCGGUCGUAUUGUGGGAAUUGCUGUGGAGCAGCUGGCCUACUACCACCAUGAUUGGUUCCUGUUUAAAGAGUGGUGUGAAGUGGGUGCAGAUUGCAUCACCCCUGGUCUCUAUGCCAUGGUGGGAGCAGCAGCCUGUCUGGGUGGUGUAACGAGAAUGACGGUCUCUCUGGUGGUGAUUGUGUUCGAGCUGACCGGUGGGUUGGAGUACAUCGUUCCACUUAUGGCUGCUGUGAUGACCAGUAAGUGGGUAGGAGAUGCAUUCGGGCGGGAGGGCAUCUACGAGGCACACAUCCGCCUCAAUGGCUACCCGUUCCUGGACGCUAAAGAGGAGUUCACGCACACCACGACAGCUCGAGAGGUGAUGCGGCCGCGGCGUAAUGAGCCACCGUUAGCGGUGCUGACUCAGGAUGAUCUGACGUUGAGAGAACUGCAGGCCAUCAUCGGUGAGACGAGCUACAAUGGCUUCCCUGUUAUCGUCUCCAAGGAGUCUCAGAGACUGGUGGGAUUCGCCCUGCGUAGGGACAUCACUAUAGCUAUAGAAAAUGCACGGCGAAAGCAAGAAGGCAUUGUGCUGAAUUCACGCGUAUAUUUCACACAGCAUGCCCCAACUCUGCCAGCGGACAGCCCUCGCCCUCUAAAGCUGCGCAGCAUCCUGGACAUGAGUCCCUUCACCGUCACCGACCACACACCCAUGGAGAUCGUGGUAGACAUCUUCCGCAAGCUUGGCCUGCGCCAGUGCCUCGUCACGCACAAUGGGAUUGUAUUGGGCAUCAUCACUAAGAAGAAUAUUUUAGAGCAUCUGGAGGAGCUCAAGCAGCACACGGAGCCCCUGGCGUCUCCUUGGUAUUAUUACAAAAAAAGAUAUUCUCCGUCACAUGGCCCAGAUGGCAAACCAAGAUCCCGAGUCCAUAAUGUUCAACUAACGCCCUCAACCAGACAUGAAGAUGAGGAGUGUGAAGAGGAGGUCAGAUUACUGGACCUUACGUCUCACUGACCCUUUUGUAUCCUGCCCCCUUUGCCACCCAGCACCUAAACUGGAACCUCACUGGCCGUCAGUCGCCUGCUGGAAACUUCCAGAUCUUCAUCCAGGAUGAGCCAGGAUGUGUGUGAAACAGGCCUAAAGAUGGCCCACAGCUAAACAUGAUAUAAGCUGUUGUUUUCACACUGGGAUAUGCACUGACUGGACAUGACCCUGGCCUGGCACCUUGCCUCUAUUGACUUCCUCAGUGAGAUAAAAGGUUGCAGCUGAGACGAAGGACCUUUACGAUGAACCAGUGUGACUUUUGCCAUCUGAACUGCCCUGCCAUGAUCCUGCUGGACUUUGCAAUCGAUGUUUACCUGUAACCCAAGAGGUAGAGAGUUUGUGUGUGUGUGUGUGUGUGUGCAUGAAUGAGAAGGUCUCUACGUCUCAGACAGGUUGUUUUACCGUAUCCUCAGUUAUGUUCUGGAAUGUUCUGCAGGAGAGAGGAAACCACCCUGCUGUGGAAGUGUGUGUGUGUGUGUGUGCUUGUGUGAAUGAGGGAAUUCUGAUCCAUCGAGUAUUUAACAUUGUGAGAUGAUCAAGUGUACAAAAUCAUAUGUGACAUCACCUUCUGCAAAGCUGCUUAAUGGUUAUUAAGUUUGUUCUUUAUUGAAACGUUUAGCACAGCAAACUAGGGGUGUAAUGAUACUCUCACCAAAUCCUCUCAUGUAUUGUUGUUUGUGCACCAUCAUACAGUAUCAUACAGGUGCUGUGGCAAAGUGACACACCAGAAUAGUUAGUGUUCGCCAUAAAGUCCAGACCUUGUGGGUUUGAGCCCUGACUAUGCUACUGUGUCACAGCUGAGAGCUGAUUGGCUCUGGUCUCUAGGUGGAGGAAUGGUAACCAUGUCUCCACUAUUAAUCAUACAAUAUCAGUCAAUCCCAGGUGUUCUGUGCUGCUGUUGUUAAAGGUAAUUGGGAAGCACCCUCUAUGUGUAAUGACCUGUCCAGUGACUGGGCUACAGUUUAAAAGCAGGUGACUUAGUUUACCCCCUUUUCUACCCAAUUUAGACACAGUCAAUUCCCACUGGUUUGUGAGGGUGGGAAGGGCGAUCCGUGUUUCCCCCCCAGACACAUGAAGCCACUGGAACUAAAGAAGUGAACUGGGAUAAUGAAAUUACUUGGUGUUAAUUGCUUUGCAUAGGUGCUUUGCAACUAGCAGUCCAUCACAGUUUUACAGUUUGUUUUACAGGUACUGUUCAUGCCUUGAUAUAACCCAAUACAUCCAGUCCUGUUUUAUCCAGUCUAGAAGUGAGCACUUUGAUCACACAAAAUGUUAAAAAGCUGUAGUAAAAAGUUCUAAUUUGUAUUAAUUUUCCAUCCAUUGCUUAAUCCUAGUCAGGGUCGUGGUGGGCCCAGGUAAAAACUGGAUGCAGGGCAGGACCCUGAACAGAGCACCAAUCCAUCUCAGGGCUUCGGCCAACCCCCCUUCCUCAGACAUAGCCAAUCAUGUCUGUGUAGACGCCCGGCCAGCCGAAAGCACCGCUAAGGAUCAAACCCAGACCUCAGUGGUGGUGGGACAGAGUUGUACCACUGAGCAUCUCAGAUCUGACAUGCUCUCUGUCCUCCGCUGUAAAGUAGCAUUAUUCACAAAGCUUAUUGUACUGUGACUAUUAAUAAAGAAACAACACUAAUAUUAGCAUGUAUUGUUACACCCCUACUGCAAACACACUUUGUCAGGCAGAUGAAGCAUCAGGUGGGCUAUGUUUUUUUUCUUCCUCGAAUCCACCUGAGCUGGAGUUUUAUUUCUCUUUUCUUUUUUGAUACUAGAAAUGAAUAAAUAACAGCUUAUUCAAGAUUUGACCUGCUACACCUGCUGGAUGUAUUGAUCAUGUUAUUUACAGAGUCAGUCUUUGCUUUUAUGAUGAAAUGUGCUACAUUUUUUUAAAGGUUCUGUCAUGUAAUGGUUAGUGUAAGAUCUUCAUUCAUCAGUUUCACACGGCUGUUUAUAACUGGAAUGCACAUGCUGCCUUCACAUGCUUGUAAAAUGUCUUUUUUUUUCUCAGUGGCUCACACGUUCAGAGGUCAGCAGAUCUUUCAUCUGCUUGUUUGAUUUGGCACUGAUGCAACCCUCCUGUUUGGCUUGGGAAUGACACCAAGAGUGCGCUGUUGAAGAUCCAGAUUGUUUUGGACAAGACAACUUUUAUCUAUGGAAAAUCUGUGUAAUGAAACUUAAUUUAUAUAAGAAAACAAUAAAUAUAACAAUAUCACUAAACAAGGCCAGUAAAAAGCCCUAAUAUACUAGAUAUUUAAUUGCAGUAUGUGUUAUGAUAUUGUUAAGAACUGUUGGCUAGACUUGGCUAGACUUUUUAGUGUGUAUUUGUGCUUCCAUCUCUGCUUCUUCUCUUCAUGAAUUUGAUGAGCUCAGACACACGUUCUGAUCGGUGGUAUUUUCUUGCUUUAUUUGUGGGAACAUGUUAAAAAAAUCACCUGCCACUGACCACCAAAAAUUUUCCUUCUUUUAACAAAAUGAAAGCGUAAGGUCAGGUCAGUGAUGUGAGAUACGGGUAUUAAGAAACCUUUAUUUACAGCUGUUCUGAGAGCACAUGAAGGCAGCAUGAGGAUUGAUCUUGCCCUUUCUGCUGAAUAAUUUAACGUGUCUUUAACUUAAUUAUUCCACAGCCUGCAUUUCUCUCCAAUGAAAUAUCACGAUCGCUAACACUGGACGUUUACGAAGCCCGUGUGAUGACUUGAACGCUGAUCCACCCUGUGAAUUAAACUAGAAACUGAAAAUUUAAGCUCAUUUGAGGGUCUGAAGAAAUUAUUAGCAUUCUUGUUGAAAGGAACUGGGUAUACACUGACACAAUUAAACAUAACUGGAUUUUUUCCAUCAAUAGUGCUUUCUAUCAUUUUUUUUCUUCUCAUUUCUAACUUAUUAAACAAACUUAUUAAACUGUCUUUUUCUAAAACACAUUGUUGUAUCAUCUAAUACACAAACGUGCCGUGCUUGCAUUGUUUCUCGACUCUUUGUCUCCCUCCAAAUGAAAUAAAGCUGAUAGAGAAGGUGGGGGAGCUCUCGGUUCUCAGCAGCAGUUUGUGUUUCUGUUGAUGAAAACAGUGACAUUGUUCUCGUUUGUGUUCCUCUCUCAUUCUUUUUUAAUUUAUAAUAGCACUAGAUUUGUACAUUAAUGUAAAUUUUAAGUACAGUUACACAGUUGAUGGUUUGAUUGUACAUUUAAAACGUGUAAAAUUAAAUUGUUUAAAAUCUA